CUGUGGCUAUAAUUAAGACAAUAAAAUUUGUUUUUCAAAAAAAUAUUCUAGCUAAAUUUACAAUUAAGGAAUUAUUGAAACUUCAUUGCGGCAAUUGACUUCGGAUAAUUUCAAGAAUGGAGUUGAGAAGGAUAUUGUCAAUAAUGACAUCAUUGUUGAUGACAAGAGCUCAUGCAGGCUUCUCCCCUCGCCCGGAUGCUGGAUACCCGACUGGUUAUCUUGCAGAUUGUCCGGGGUCUUUCAAAAAUGUCAGCAUCAGUCCAGCAUCACUGCAGCGCUUACAGAUCGUGUGGCACCAGUGGACCCCUGAAACUGGAGUCGACAGACGUUUUAUGCCAAUCAGCAUUGCUGCUAAGAGAGUUGGAGUGACUUACUAUCCAGAUUUCAAAAACAAGAAGACAGUUGUAUAUGUCCUCGGGUUUCUAGAUAGUUCCCUCUUCAUUCACAACGUGGCAGUAGCGUCAGCCUAUGCCAAACAAGGAUACAACGUUUUUGUAACUGAAACAUCCACAUUGCUCUGGUAUAUUUAUCCCAGAUCAGUGCGACUAAGCCUUGGAAUCGGGAAAAAGCUUGGUGAAUUCCUCGUCAAACUAUCUGAACUAGGUCUGAAAGCUAGUGACUUGGAACUCGUCGGAUUCAGCUUAGGCUGCCACAUCGCCAGCAACGCUGCCAAAUACUAUUACACUGUUACAGGCAAAAAACCUUCCAGAAUUACAGCAUUGGAUCCAUCUGGUCCCUGCUUUAGAGGCGUAACAUCAAAGUAUAGACUAGAUUCUUCAGACGCUGAUAAGGUUGAUGCACUACACACUAAUAUAGACGGAUUUGGUAUAGCAGAUAGACUGGGACAUGUAGAUAUUUAUGUCAAUGGCGGAGAAUACCAACCAGGUGAUAUACCUUUCUUUCCAUGCUUAACGUUUUGCAGCCACCUGAAGUCUACACUGUAUUGGUGGCAAGUUAUAGAGAAUCCGUCUAAAUUUAUUGCAGUCCAAUGUGAUUCUAUUCAAGAUGCUAGAGUAGCUAAAUGUUACAACAACACUGUAACCAAUUACGUUGGCAUGAAAACAGAUUUCAAUAAACCCGGUAUUUACUAUCUAUCUACAAGUAAUGAGUUUCCCUAUUACAGAGGGAAAGAUGGUUUGAAAGUUGAGAAUGAGAUAUAUAAUUCUGCUUUGACAGAAAUAAAUUCUGAUGAUAAUUUUGUUGUGAAAAAGUAAGAUUUUAUUGAAGAGAAUCGAAAGACAGACAGAGAAGAGAAAUUAUACCAAAUCGGUGCUGUUGGGAAAUGAGACUGAGUUGUAAGUCUAAGGGAUAUAAAAUCCUUGCUAGAGGAUGUUCUAUUGCUUUACAUCUAUAAAAGGUUUUAUACCAAAGUAUGGUAGGAAUUGUUGAGCAAUCUGUGAUAUGGAAUAGCAAACAAGCUGUAGGUCCGCUUGACGAAAGCAGACAUCAUUUAAGAUAGAAAUGAACUGUGGAUAAUAAAGAUUAUUCACCAAUAUUACCGCUUUUUAAAUUGCCAUUUCUGAGAAUUAAGGUGUUAUAUAUACCCAGUAAUAUUUUGUAGUAAUAAUACUCAUAAUUCAACCUUCUAAUUGGAACACAAUAUGCACAACCAGUAAGUUUAGAGUCAGAAUAAUGCAGUGAAGGUAAGAUAUCAGUCAGCAGAAGAUGAUACAAAUGCUGAGCGGAGACCUAUUUGGUACUAUGAAAUUAAUAUAAACCUAUAUAAUGUAAUUAAUUUUUUUUUAUAUUUGUUAUAUACCAAAUAAACUAUUUUCUUUCUUUAUGAUACAUCAUUAUUGUAUGAAUCAG